AAGAAACUACAGAGUUUAGAACAGUGGGAUUGCUGUCAUUUUGAAAGAGUGACAAAUUUGAAAAUGGCUUCCUUGGUGAUCUUUGAACAGUUUUGUAGGUUCCUCUGUUAUUACAUUCUUCCUCUGCAUAGAGAUGGACAGUAAAACCAGACUUUGAACAUAUUAAAAGGCAGAACUGCGCCCUCCCACCAUCGGUGAAUCAGAAUGAUGUGAUGUUUCUGCAGUGUGUUAAGUCCAUGGAAUACAGUUGACCUCAUACAUCUUGGAUAGACAUGGAGGAUCUGAAAAAUAGAAGGAAAAAGAGGGAAGGAAGACACAGGGACACAUGGGACCCUUUUCGAUUAAAUCCUGCUGGUUCUGAAAAAGAAGAAAAGAGAAGAUGCUUUGUUUUUGCUCAGCACCUGGUGGCAGUGAUUGUGGGGCUGCUUGUCUUGACAAGUGCUGUCAUCAGUAAGGGUUCUCUGUUGGUUCUUUGCAUGUUUGCAAGACCAAAUUCAAAGACAAGCAAAGGCCAUCCUUUCUACUUACUGAUGCUGGUGUUCUGUCUGGUGGUGCCAAAUGUCAUGAUGUUCCUCAAAUCAUUGUGGAAAUGUGCAUUCAAGAACUUUGUCACACCAAACAUGAAAACUAUGGGAAUGAUCUGCUUGAUUGAGGCACUGGUUUCUUUGGGAACGUCACUACUUGUGUUAAUUUCCAUGCCCCAGUUUGAUUUUCUCACCAACCUCUUUCUCUCUGGUGGCAUCUGCUUCCUUUCUUCCCUUUUACAGAUCAUCUUUCGUUUACAGAAAGAGAGUUGGAAAAUCAUCUUUCCCAUUUGUUCUGUCAUUCUAAUAAUAUCUGGCUACAGCCUUUUAGCUGUAGACUUCUAUGCUCGAGAAUCCUCCUAUGUUCCAAAUGUAAACAAGGACUGCUAUUUGUAUGUUGCCAUUGCCAUCUUUGCAUCUAUUUUGGUUUCUUUUAAUUGGUGGGAGAACCCUUUGCAAGCUAGUGGUCGUAUUCAGGAGACACUUACAGAGUUGGAUGGCUUUAGAGACUUUGUGUUUGUGAUCACCAGCAUUUUGCGGUUAGCUGUUAUUUCCAGUGUAUAUACUUUAUAUUUCCAAUUUUUUCAACCUGCUCCUGUGAAAUGGACAUAUUUUUCUCAUGUUCCUGAGGAGGUUCAGAAUCUUGGGGUUGGGCUAUUCUUCCUGCAGGCCUUUUCCUCUGUUGCAUGCCACUGGUUUGGUGUAGUGGCUUGUAAGAUCAAUGCUAUCAGAUUUAGCUUCGCUUUCCCUAUCUUUUUUUCUGGGCCCUCAGUUCUCAUUAUAGGUGUGGCAUUGUUUAUAACACAGUCUGGAGAUCUAGAUGGAAUAGCCACAGCGAGUUUUACAAGCUUUUGCUCAAGUUUAGGAAACAUUAAAAACCAAAACAUGACAGCUGUGGUACUGUCCAAAAUAUCUGAAAGCUUUUGCAUGACAUUCCUGAACAGCCACUAUAAAACCUGGCCUUUCACAAUGCUGGUAAUGGAAGGACUGUUCAUGUGGCUUGCUCUCCUGUGUGCUACAUAUUACGUGUGGAAUAUCAAGGUCCAGAGGAUAGAGCGAACCUCUCAGCUGUUUGUUCGCAGACUAUACGAAUCAGCCUUCAUUGAUCAAUCCAUGCUUCUGAAUACGAAGAUGAAGGUUAACCGAGUGAGAAACCAGGAAUAUCACAACGAGCUUGAAAGCUGUGUCAUUUACCUUUGUGCAACUAUGUGGCAUGAAACCUAUGAUGAAAUGCUUAAGAUACUGACAUCGAUGUUUAGGUUGGACCGAUAUAGAGGAGAUCCAAAAAAAGAACAUAAAGAUAAUUUUGACUUUGAGUGCCAUAUAUUUGUGGAUGACUCAUUUAAGAAAGACAAAGACAGUGAUUCCACAUUGGUUAAUGAGUAUGUAAAUGACCUUACUCAUGUUAUCAUAGAAGUGUACAGGGUGUUUACAAACAAAGAACCUGAUGAUGUGUCAAUCAUUGAAACGCCAUAUGGAGGUCGAUUACUGCUUGUGAUGCCAGAAGGAAAUAUGUUGUACAUUCAUCUGAAAGAUAAACAACUUAUCCGAAACAAAAAGAGAUGGUCACAGAUCAUGUAUUUGUACUAUUUGCUUGGCUGGAAAGGCUAUAUUGCCAAAAAUCCUCAAAAAAUAACAAGGCAGAACGAUCCAUGUCGUGCAAGUCUUGUAUCUCUGGAUGGGGAAAGUUUCCUUUUGCCAACAUAUGGCAAUGACAGCAAGAGAAGGCACAUUUCUGAUGACAACACAUACAUUUUGGCAUUGGAUGGGGAUACUGAUUUCCACCCAGCAGCAUUGAUCCUACUCGUUGACCGUCUUAGAAUGUACGAGAAUGUGGGGGCAGCAUGUGGAAGAAUCCAUCCAACUGGAAUGGGACCAAUGGUGUGGUAUCAGAAGUUUGAGUAUGCUGUGGGGCAUUGGCUCCAGAAAACAGCUGAGCAUGUAUUUGGGUCAGUGCUCUGCAGUCCUGGAUGCUUCAGUCUGUUCAGAGGGUCAGCACUAAUGGAUGACAAUGUGUUGAGAAGAUAUACUACAACUGCUGGCAAAGCAUCGGAGUAUGUUCAAUAUGAUCAAGGUGAAGACCGCUGGCUGUGCACCCUUCUCCUGCAGCAGGGCUGGAGAGUAGAGUACAACGCAGCCUCAGACGCGUAUACCAACGCCCCACAGGAAUUCAAAGAAUUCUACAAUCAGAGACGGCGCUGGGGCCCUUCCACCCUGGCCAACACUCUGGAUCUUCUGCAUAGUGGCAAAGAAACAUCCAAGAGGAAUUCUUCCAUUUCCAAUUUGUAUAUCCUCUAUCAGAUGUUCACUGUUGGCUCAUCCAUUCUGGGACCUGCUUCUGUUAGCUUGAUGAUAGCAGGUGCUUUCCAGUUUGUGUUUAAAAUGGAAGGGACAAUUGCCAUCAUUGUGUCUGUCAUCCCGCCUGUUCUCUAUAUACUUAUCUGCUUUAUCACCAAACCAAAUUUCCAGAUUACUGUCGCAGCCAUUUUAAGUGUGCUUUAUGCUUUCCUGAUGACAGCCUCAUUUUUUUCCAUCAUAGGUGACAUGGUCAUACAACAGACCUUCAUCACACCAACUGGCAUCUUUUUGGUGUCAAUGAGUAUAAUGUAUCUUGUCACAGCAAUACUUCACCCCCAAGAGUUCAGUCUGAUUGUCUAUGGCUUGAUGUACUUUGUCUGUAUUCCAAGUGGUUACCUCCUGCUUACGAUCUACUCACUGGUCAACAUGAACAUUGUGUCAUGGGGUACACGGGAAUCAAACCAUGAAAAAGCAGAGCAAAAGAAUGUAGGGGUACUGUGUGACCGCAACUGCAAGCUGUGCUGCUGGGAUGUUCAUCUUGAGGUCACCCAGGAAACCGAGAACUUGGUCCUCCAGCAAAUGCAAAAUGCAGUCAGACCUAAAUCAGACCAAAACAUCACAGUGCCUGAAAACCAACCAAGCACAGAAGAAAACCGAAACAACUUACAUCAAGAACAACUCACUUCAAACACAAAAAAUCAGCAGAACAUCCUUAUGAAGGAGACUAGCUUCAAGCAUAGACUGCCAGACACCAAUGCCAUCUCCAAAACUGAGAAGGAAUCUAUAACAAAGAUGGAACAAGAUGAUGGAAGCAGUCUGACUGAUGACAGUGGCCGUAAAACACUUGAUGAUGAAGAUGAUGAGACCAACACGUAUGAAGAGGAAGAUGAAUACAAAGAAGUUAUUUUGUGUCAGAGUGAUUGGGUCCAGCCUGUUAAAAUCGAAUUCUUGAAGAAACUGACCUCGGCCAACCUGAAGAGGAACCUGCAGGAGCAUAUUCGAUACACUUUGAGAAACAAGGACCAGGAUGACCUGUGCGAGGAACUGGUGCUCAUGUUAACUGACACAACCAAUGCAGAGCUGAAGGACAGGGUGGGUCCAGAGGACGUGCUGUCCGAAAGCCAGCUGGAAGAGCUAGAGUGCAGCCUCAAUGAGGCUGCCAGGAGAAUUCUUAAAACCAACCGCAUGCAGAGACUGGAGAACAGGGUGAAUCAUGCUAUCAAAAAAACACUUACUGCACCUCAAGUCGACCAGCUCACAGAGGAUGAAAAUGACUUUUGGGAGAAACUGAUAGAAAGAUAUCUUGCACCUAUAGUGGAAGACAAAGCUAAAAAGGAUGAAGUGACAAGAGAAUUAAAAUCUCUAAGGAACAAGGCAACAUUUCUAUACUUCAUUUUGAAUGUCUUGUGGGUUGUGGCAACCUUUUUCCUCCAAGCAAUUGGAGAUACAAUCAGCCUCAAGCUUCCUAAGUAUUUCCCAAAUGGCACGAAAGCCAAUGAGACGAUGAACGUGGAGCCUUUAAGCUUGAUGUUUCUCCUGUCGUUUGCGUUACUACUCAUUGUCCAGUUUUUAGCUAUGCUUUACCACAGAAUUUACACUCUGAUCCAUGUAGUGUCCUACAGAAGCACAGAGAAAGACUAUAAGGGUGACAGUGAUAAAGAAGACGAUGAUGGCCUGGAACUAGGAGAACGCAUUGAAAAAGGUCUUGCGAUUACCAACGAUGACCUGUUAGAUUAGUGAAGUUCUUA